UCAAGAAGAGUCCACACCAUCAGUACUCUCUCUAAUGGCCCAACUGGACCAAAACCAAAAGACCUGUCUUCAAAGUCCUCUAAAGCAAAAGACACAAAUUUUGCCACAAAUACCCUUUCUGCUAUAACCCCCCAAAUAAAUUACUCCAUCUUCAUCACUGUCUUAAAAGAACAACAAACAAGAAACACAAUGUUAUUGGCUAUGUACUAUAUUACUGUUUUUUCUUUUUUCUUUUUUCUUGUUUACCGGUUUAUGUGGAUUUGUCUUGGUCAGAAUUCCUUUUUUCUUCAGACAGCAACUUUCCUACCACAACACACUCUCUAUCUCUUCUCCACCCCACCCCCCUUUACCCCCCACCCCCCCUUAUUACCCUAUUUGUAUUGUAUUAUUAUUGUUGUAUUGUUCUUAUCUUUUUCUUUCACACGUCUCCUUUUCUCUUCUAUUUUUAUCUUUUUCUCUCUUUUGCAACCAUACCCUUUUCUUGGUUUUGUCUAUUUAUGCUCCAAGAUUGGAUCUUUUUUGUGAUUUAAGGAUUUGUUUUGUUUGUGAUUUGAUUUGAUAUGUCUAAGAAGAUGAAAAGGGUUGCUUUGGAAUCAUCACCUUAUGUUGUGUUUGAAGAUAAUAAGGCUAGAUUGAAGCAUCAGACUCUAUUCCAGGACUUCCAAGAACUCCAUAGGGAAACUAGUGACAUGAGGAACAAAUUGGAGGAUGCAAAAAUGAGGAAACAAAGAUUACUUGCUGAAGUUCAUUUCUUGCGGCGAAGGCACAAGUACCUAUUGCAGAUGAAGUCAUCAAGUCAUCCAGAACAGCAAGUAUACACAGCACUGCCGAACUCAGAGUUUAAUUUUAAGAACGGAAUGAAAGAUCGAUUUCUUAGCAAAAAAGAAGCUAAGCAACACAAACUUCCCCCUCUUCCUGGACCGAAACAAAAAGUGAGGAUUCAACUUGCAAAGGGAGCUUCUUCGCUGAAGACGCCUCCUAAUAUUCUAGUGAAUCAUAAGCAGGCAUUGCAUAUUGGGAAAGAUGCUGUUUCGCGUAGUACAGUUUCAAGUUUGAAGCAUAAAUCAAGAGUAUAUAGUGGGAAGGAAGUGUUUGAUUUGAAUCAGAAUGAUAGGUCAUUCACCGGGAACGGUUUGGUUUCGAGGAGCACCACACCUGUCUUUGAUUUGAAUCAGGAAACUAGUCAUGGCGGGAAAGAUGUUGUAUCGCCUAGUCGAGCUCCGGUCAUUGAUUUGAAUGAAAUCUCGAUAGGGGAAGAGGAACCCCAAGCAAAUCUUGAACCAUUGAACUUUGAGGAGCCAAAGAGAGGAUUAGUUCAAAAUAUGAACGAUGAUCAGCACAGAGACUUGAAGUUAUCGAUAUGCAGAAAUGUGGGAGAAGGAACUUCUCGUGUUGAGAAGCGGAAAAUAUCGUGGCAAGACCCUGUCGCUUUGAGGGUUUGAUCCAUCCUUCAUGUUUUCAGUAAAUACUACGGAGUACUUAUAACUAUUGAUCUAGGGCGAGCGUUAUUGAAGUUGUAGCUUAUCCAGAGAGGUCUCCACUGACCCUCGUGGAUUUCUCGGUUAUAAAGAAAUUUACCAAUAGAGGUCCUUUUUUCUUCUCAAUAUGUAGGUGUGUGUCUUACUUUUUUUGAAUAAAGAAGACUUAAAUAUAUUUAGUGAUAAUGAUACAGAUGCUAUAUUGAUUGGCAGUGACGAAAAUAUAGUCAGCAUAAUUGGUUCCUCUACAUCAAGUACCAUAUAUUUUCUGUAGUAAAUGAGAAAAACCCUUUAUUUGUUGAUUUCUA